AUGAGUGCCUACUACCAUAACAGCCCGUACGGGAACAAUCCCCAGUAUGCCAACAACGGCCAUUAUCCAAAUGGCAACAACAACAGCAACAGCAACAGCACCAACGGCAACGUCUAUGGCGGUAAUGGAAACUAUGGAUAUGGCGAAGAAAUGGUCGAGUUCGACGUCCUUGAUCAUGACCAUGGAUACGGCAACGACCAUCAGUACUUGAACAAUAUAAAUAUGAACGAUAAUAAUGGCUAUGACCCCAACGAGCGAUCCCAGGUGCGAUCUCCGCCGAAACCCAUCAGACCAGGCCUCAGUCCAACCGAAGACAUGGGGUCACCAGGCUGGCCGCUAGCUGCCACUCGACGGGGUCACGACCGUCAACAUGUCGACUCCUUCGCAAGCGUGUCCAGUACCCCGGCCGGUUCUCGGUCAGGCACUCCAGCAUUCGCGCGGUAUUUUCCGGCCCCCGUACAGUAUCAAAACAACCAGAGCUUUCAAAGUCACCAAAGUCUGACAGCUCUUGUGGACCAACCGCCCUCGCCGCUUUAUGCAAAGGACUGGGUUCAACAAGGCUCGAUCGCGCGUAUCCACGACCGAGAUGAUGCUGAUAUCUGGAAGGGAUGGCGCCGAGUAGUAUUCCGCUUCGUUCCGUUUCUCACUUUUGCCAACACUGCCCUCUACUUGUUUUAUCUCGGUUUGCGUAUUGCUUGUGUGAUUCUCGCUCAGAGAGCAGAGCAUGCUACCUUUGCAGGAGCGUGGAUUUUCAUCGCCCUUGAGGUUUCUACGGCUAUUCCCUCGUUGAUGCACAACUGCUGGACAAUGUGGUCGGUGAAGGAGAGGCAUCGGCCGAAACUGAGAUUGACGGGAGAUGACUGUCCGACUGUGGAUGUGUUCAUCACUUGCUGUGGAGAAGAAGAUGAUGUGGUUAUUGACACCGUCCACGCCGCUUGUGACCAAGAUUAUCCUAUGGAUAAAUUUCGGGUUAUUGUGCUCGAUGAUGCCAAGUCGUCGAGUCUGGAAGCCUCGACUCGCCAGUUGGCCUUGACCUAUCCGAACCUGCACUAUAUGGCACGGACCAAGAUUCCAGGAGUUCCACACCACUUCAAAGCCGGUAAUCUCAACUACGGUCUCGAACAAACCCGACUCAUGCCGGGUGGUGCCGGCCAGUUCAUGGCUGCAUUGGAUGCUGACAUGAUUCCUGAGCAACAAUGGCUCCGCGCUGUCCUCCCUCACCUGCUAAACGACCCUAAGAUGGCCCUUGCAUGUCCGCCCCAGCUUUUCUACAAUACUCCACCAUCCGAUCCCUUGGCACAAAGCUUGGACUUUUUCGUGCAUGUCAUUGAACCAGUCAAGGACGCCCUUGGCGUGGCUUGGUGCACUGGAUCUGGAUACGUUGUUCGACGCGAGGCUCUUGAUGACAUUGGCAAUUUCCCCCUAGGUUCGCUUGCCGAGGAUGUCGCAACUUCUACUCUUAUGCUUGGCAAAGGUUGGAAAACUGCUUACGUGCACGAGCCACUUCAAUUCGGCACGGUGCCCGAAGACUUUGGUGGACACCUCAAGCAGCGUACCCGUUGGGCCAUUGGAACUGUGGAUACGGCUUUUAAGCUCAAGUUUUGUUUGUACGGUGACGCCGUUAAGCAGAUGACCGGCGCGCAACGAUUCUCAGGAUUUCUGUAUGCCACCCUCAGUCUGUACACUAUCCUCCUCACUGCUUCGCUGUUUGCGAUCCCCGUCAUCCUGAUGUGGGGCCGCCCUCUUGUCGCCUAUGCCAACGACGAGCAAUUGCGAUGGCUCAUCUGGGCCUGCUUUGCUGCUACCAUGGCCAACCGUCUGUGCGAAUUUGCGCUUUUCAUCCCCGCUGGAUACCACACCGGUCAACGAGGCUCGCGGUAUCAGCUGUGGAUGUCGCCGUACAUUGCGCUGUGCAUUGUCCGUUCAUUUUUCUUGCCUUCUUGGCUCGGUGGUCAGACCCAAGCCUUCAAGCCGACGGGUUCUCUCGGCUCGGCGCUUGAAGAGCGUGACCCAAAGAGGCGGAAGAACUUGAUACGCCGGUUAUGGACGAUACUGGUGAAUUACAUGGCUUCUUUCCAUCUUGCCUUUGUCUAUGUGACGAUCGUCGGAGUAUGCUUAACGUCUUAUCGCUGCUUCUACACACAAGACCCCGCCAAUUUCCGAAACAUCUUCCUCUGCCUGAUUACGCACGCCUUCUGGCCACCAUUGACGUUCCUCUUUAUUUGCACAUCUCUCUGGACGCCGGUGUCGUACGCGAUCGAUCCACCAUCGAUGCCCGAUCGCGAGGAGUUAUUGCAGCGUGACCCUAAGACGGGUGUUGCACACCCGACGCCGUCAAGCAAGAAGAUUGCGUUUGGCGGACAGGCUGCAUGGUUUGAACUGGAGUAUACUGUGGCCACGGCUUUUACCAUUUUUGUUUUUGUUUACUCGUUCUUUUACCUGUAG